GAAACAAAUACACGCGAGCCGGCUGUGUGGCUGUUACUUUUUUUUUGCCCUCCUUCCCUUCGUCCCUUUUUAAUUUGUGUGCCUUGAAAAGACCGGGACAUUGUGAGCGGAAAACAAUCGCCAGCGCGGAUCACUGUGAAACAUGUGCUGCUUAGGUAACAAAAAAGUAUCCCCGUAGUUCACACAGAGACACUUGUGGCAGCUUGUUGCCAAUUAUUUGUGACCAGUUGACUGUCGCCGCCGAUGCUGGAGACCGCGCCGAUGGAAUGCGAGCCCGGCGAUGAGAACACGGCGCCCGGCUCCGAAUCCGCUGCUGACAGGGGCUGCCAUGGGAAGGGCAGGGCGUGCCAGCUGAUCCCGGACACUGGCCUGGCCAGAGACCGGUGGAAACUGCUGCAGCGGGUGCUGAAACAGAAGAGCAUAGAUAAAGAAAAUCUGCAAAAUAUUUCUAUCAGAAGAUCAUUGACUUUCAACAUAUUUUGCACAAAUGUGGUGAAGAAAUCAGAGGCAGAUUCUGAUAAUGAAAUGUGGGUAGAGUACACAUGCAUUCCCUAUCCCCAGUAUAGGGUAUAUUUAAGACACAGUGUUGGUCCCCUGAAUGUUGAAGAUGUUCUCACCAGUUUUGACAACACCGGAAAUGUCUGCAUCUGGCCUUCAGAAGAGGUGUUGGCUUAUUACUGCAUUAAACACAGUGACAUAUUUAGAGGCCUUGCAGUUUGUGAACUGGGAGGUGGAAUGACAUGCUUGGCUGGUCUCAUGGUUGCUAUUUCUGCAGAUGUCAAAGAAGUUCUAUUAACUGAUGGGAAUGAAAAAGCAAUCAAAAAUGUUGCAGAAAUCAUUGAAAGAAACAAAAAACAUGGGCUAUUCAAGUCUGGUUCUGUUACAAGCCGCAUAAUACGAUGGGAUAAUGAGGUGGAUGUGUCUCUUCUCGAAGGACAUUUUGAUGUCAUUAUCUGUGCUGAUUGCUUGUUUUUGGACCAGUACAGAGUCAGCCUUGUUGAUGCAAUAAAGAGAUUACUCAAACCCAAUGGAAAAGUGCUUGUAUUUGCCCCUCAGAGAGGCAGUACUCUAAACCAGUUCUGCAGCCUUGCAGAAAAAGCCUGUUUAACUGCCCAGAGGCUUGUGAAUUACGACGACCAUGUUUGGAACUUUCACCUCAAGAUGAAGAAUGAGAAAACUGAGAGAUAUGAUGAGAACCUCCACUAUCCUGUGCUCAUCACUCUAACUAAGCAGGGAACAGCGAUCUAUCCUCACCCAAGCUGACCGUGAAUGGACUGAUGAUUUCUUUCAUUCUUCUAGAGGUCACUCAUUAGUACAAAAGCACAGUUCACUAUUGUUUUCUCCUAUUAGGGACUAUAGAAAGAAUAGAUUGUUUUUUGUUGAAGAGUACGUGAGAUUCCACCAGUGUAAACUCACCCCACAGUAUCAGCAGAAUUUGUAACGUUCCACAUUUCCCCAAUUAAAGCAGUUUGCCUCAGUGAAGGUGCUUGUAGACACGGAAUUGUUUUUCUCUCUGAUUGCUUUGCUGUUCAAAAUGCAAAGUCUUUUAUUUUUAAGAUUUCUUUCCUAAAGACAUUUUCUUAUCUAAAGAACAUUACUCAUUUAUUUUUCAAUAAAGUUCAUUUUUAAAAUUAAUCUCAAUUAUUAAUAGGAAUCUGAAAACAUCUUUUUUUCACUCUUUUGGCAUAACUCUGUUUGAAGCAAAUGUUUAAAGCCUAGGUGCUUACUAGUUAGUUUAACUAUCAGUGUAAACUUGACUACUAACAUUUUGUAAAACAAGGCUUGUCCAACCUUCUGCCCCUCCCUUCCAAUUAUGCAUGAUUUGCCUCAAUGCAUUGUGUUAAGAUGUAGGAUGUGCUGAGUGGUUUUUAUCUAUUGAGGUGCAAGGAAUCCAGGAGUUUCUUACCUUUUUUUAAAGAAUGAACCAUUUGCAAUAUUUGGUUUGAUCAACUCACUGUGGUAAUGUUUUUUUUACACCUAUGCUUUGGGAUUAUUAUUGUUAAGACUCUAUUUGAUGAAAUUCCCAAAGUGAUACUUAAAUAUUUCCAUAUUACAAAUCUCAGGAAAAUCUCUGCUGCUACACACAUUCACAUUGAAAGUGGCACCAAAUAUCUUAAUACCGGUGAAGAAUGCCUUGAUAGUUAUUGCUUAUAUCCAAAUGCUGUUUUGAUUCUAUCUUUUGAAUGAAGUUGAAACUUAGAGAUGUGCACAAUUACAUUUUUUUGCUUUUGCAUUCCUGUUUUGUGCUUUUCAUUGCGCUUUCUUUGUCUUUCUCCUUACCCAUUGUUAAGCAGGAGCUGAAAGAAGGGCUUAGCAGUUAAUACUGGGAUCUAGUUGUAGUGGUAUAUACAGUAGCAGAAUUCAAGAAGCUGAGCAAAUGAUGGAGGCUUAGUGUUGCAAACUGAGAAGGAAAAUUGUUUUUAAUUAGCACCUUGGUAAGAACUGCUGAUUAUUAGCGAUUGGUUUUGUGAAGAGCUUUCAGCUGAGUAAUUUGUGCAGCCAUUACAACAGUUUUGUCAGAGCUCCUCUCCUGUUGUUAAACACAAACAGCAGAUGAUAACGGCCCAAGAUGAGUUUUUCAAGUAACAAUUUACAUUACUGAAGAAGUAUCAACUGCAGUGAGGUGCAGCUCAUAAAGAGCUAGAAAGGUGUUUAAAGCUCCAAGGAAGAAACAGUUAAUUGUCAAGAUAACUUUUAAAAAAGAUUUUGCAAAAAUUUCCAUUACAGUUAUAAUUUAUCUAUGUUCAAGGAAAUGUGUAUACCUGCCUGUAAACAUAUUAUUUGAUCAUACAGGGUUUGCCCUGAUCCAGCCAAAUAAAGCAGCAAUGAGUGCCUCCGACUAAUAAAGUUUUAACAUUAUUCCAGGUCCAAAGCAAAUUAAGUGAGCAUAGAAACCUCAAAGUAAAUCUUGCAUUGUACUGAUGUGAAUGAAACACCAUGCAUCCCAUGCAGUACAAACCUUCAAAUCAACUUCAUGGCAAUGCUUCCAAUAUAAAAUUUGGGGGGGGGGGGGAGGUGGGCUGGGUAAAUAUCUGAAAUUCAAUGCGGUUUCAGAAACUGGGGACCUUCAGUGAUGGAUGUCAUUAAGUGCUUUCAUCAUAAUAAACUUUAAACUGUUGGCUUUAUGAAUUGCCAGGCAGUUUUGCUAUUGCUCAGAAAGAGAUUGCCGUGUCUUAAGUGUGACAAACCCUAUUAGGAAUUGAGGCUGAGCUUCAAGCAUACUUGGCUUUUCCACUCCCGGUAUGAUUGUUGCCUAUUAGUCAGCAUCUGGGAAGAUUUUCCUCUGGCAGUCUUAGUUCAAGAGCUUUCUAGGCUUUGACCUGUUUUUUUCAAAGCAUUCUCUGAGGAAUUUUCUGAGAAGUGAAUGCCAGAGGAUUUGUGGCCUCUUUUUAUUAAUUCCAUUUCAAUUUUCUAACCUAGUUAUAUAUAUAUAAAAAGACUUCUGUUGUUUCUUGGUAAUUAUUUGUUCACUGUUCCUUUUGAUGCAUUCCUAAAAUGAAUGAUUGUGAAUAUAAUUGUAAAAUGUUGAAGGAUUUUGAUUUUUGGGGAUGGAAUUGUUAAGCUGAACUUUCCAUAGAUCUAAUGUAAAAUGCCAUUGUCUAGUGAAAUGAGCAAGUGUCAUUAAUUUCAUAUCCGUAUACUAUCAAUCCAAUAAACGUAUAUAAAAUAUACAGCAGGGAAAUGUGGAACAGGCAAUUGAUUCUAUUCAUGAAGAAAACCUAAAAGCUGCAAUCACAAUUGAUUUAUCAAGGUCUUCUCUGUAACUGGAAUCUAUUCUACAUUCCAGUAUCUCACUGAUAAUAAACAUGUAAAGUUAAUUAAAUUUGUAUUAUCUUUGUCUUUGUUGUAAUGCUAUUUUACUUAUAUUCUCAACCAUGAUGAUACAUCCUGCACUAUCGACCUUGCUCUUUCACCUUGGUUUCUAUUUUAAAAAAACAAAAUGUAUGUUGGAAGGUGCUUUGUACUGCCCAUUUAGUCAUGUGCAAUGCAUUUAUCCAGAAGCAAAUGUCUGGUACCUUGAAAAUCCCAUUAGAAGAGCUGAAGAAUUUAAUCUACAAACUAUCCUUGGCCAGUGUCCUGUCUGUUUGACAGUACAGAAUCAUUGAACUAAGAUGAAGCUUUAUACUGCGAUACCAUAGAAAAAGAAGUCAUUUUUAAAAUAUUCACUUUUGCUGCUAUAUGACUUGUGUGCUUGACAAUUUACAUCACACAGCAGGCCAUACAUUCAGUGUUUACAUUGAAAGUGCAGUAUUUUGGUAGUUUACCAUCAUGCUAGUUAUGUGAGAAUAUUCUCAUUCAUGCAUACAAUUGUGUUAUGAGAUUGACAGCCCGAUUUAUAUUAUUACCAUCCAUGGUGCUGAAUGCUGUACUGAGGGAAAAAUAUCAAGAAUUACAAUAAGUGUGUUAGAUUUCUUCAUAUUCUGUUUUUAUUUCAAUUUAAUAUUAAUUGGGAAAUCCAUUUAUGCAGACUGGUGAAGCUUUGUAGGAAUAAGUGUUUACAAAAAUCUAGUGUUCCACAUCUGUAAAAUAAAC